AUGAAGGAUGUACUAAAAACCGCUCAUUUUCUUGCCAAGCACUGUGGCGUGAAAAGUGGUGAUCAUAUUGGGCUUAUUUGUGAUAAUAGAAAAGAAUGGCUUGAAUGCGAUUUAUCUAUUCUGUCUUUAGGGGCAGUGGAUGUUCCGAGGGGUACAGACACAAAACUAAGCGAGAUAGCAUUUAUCUUGCAGCAUGCAAAAGUAAAAGGGGUAAUAUUUGAAAACAUUGAUUCUUUUCUUGCACUUAACAAAGAGUGCCCUGCAUUCUGUAAAAAAUUAAAGUUUAUUAUUAUAAUUGAUCCGGCAACGAAGCAAAAAAUAACAAAAGUAAAAACUGUUACAAAAAUUAUUCACUAUGCGGAUAUCGCCAAAACAAGUAUUUCCUCCCAAGAAGAACAGAUGAUGGAAAAAAAGAUUGAAAAAGUGGAGUUGGACGAUAUUGCAACAAUAAUAUAUACCUCUGGCACCACUAAUGAACCAAAAGGAGCGUGCAUUACCCAUAGGAACUUUCUUUUUCAAAUAGACCGUGUAGUACCAGAACGGAUAAGCCUUAAUCCAAAAGACAUACUCCUUACCAUACUUCCUAUUUGGCAUAUCUUUGAGAGGGAGGUAAACUACAUUACAAUAUGCGUUGGGGCGGGUCUUGCGUACUCUAAACCAAUAGGUUCUGUGUUUUUAGAAGACAUAAAAAAUAUACAGCCUUCAUUUCUUACUUCGGUACCACGCAUUUGGGAAGGGGUAUAUCAGGCUGUAAAAAGAAAAGUUUCACAGGGCUCCCCUAUCAAAAAACUGUUUUUUGCCAGUGGGGUAUUUGUUGGGAAGAUGCAUUCCUAUAUUAAACAUCUGAAAAACGCAACAAUUCCUGCGUUUACCCCUGCUAAUCGUAUUCGAUUUAUUGAAAAGGCUGUAGGGUAUCCUCUGUACUACCUUCUCUUCCCUAUUCGUGCUGUGCUUGAUUUACUUGUGUUUAAGAAAAUUCGAAAAUUACUUGGACCUAAUUUUAAGUGUGGGAUAUCGGGUGGGGGUUCGCUGGUACAAGGUGUUGACGACUUUUUCCAAGCAGCAAAUAUUAAGCUACUCAAUGGCUACGGACUUACCGAAACCUCCCCUGUCCUAGCGGUUCGUAACGAAUACCGCCCCGAAUACAAUGGUGUAGGAAAAAUACUGAAAGAUGUGGAGUAUAAAGUCUUAGAUGAAUAUGGAUACCCUGUAAAAGCAGGAAAAAAAGGUGUUUUGCAUGUUAAAUGCGACCAAGUUAUGGCGGGGUACUACAACAACCCAAAAGCAACGUCUGAAGUGCUUUCUAAAGAUGGGUGGUUAAACACAGGGGAUAUAGUGGUGAUGUCGCCAAAGGGAGAUAUUAAAAUAAUCGGAAGAGAGAAAAACACCAUUGUACUUAGCAAUGGAAAAAAUAUAGAACCGGAGUUUGUAGAAAACACUGUACUCCAAUCGCCGUAUAUUGAUAACGUUGUAGUUCUAGGACAGGAUAAAAAAUUCUUAUCUGCACUUAUUGUGCCCAAUAAGGAAAUGUUGCAAAAAAAGGCACAGGAACUGGGCAUAGUAAACGAUGAAAUUGAAGUUCUAUAUAAUGAUCAGCAAAUAAGGAAUGUAAUACAAAGUGAGCUGGAAAAGAUAUCCAGAACAUUGAGCGCAUACGAAAAGAUACUACAAUUCACCCUUAUACACACUUCUUUUACUGUAGGAAAAGAAUUAACUCAGACGCUUAAAAUUAAAAGAUAUUACAUACAUAAAGAGUACGCAAAAGAAAUACAAAAAUUACUAGCAAAUUAA